UCACCUUCCUGCCUCUCUUGCUCGCUCUGGGAUGGAACACGGGGCCCUGUCAGAGAAGAGCCAAACCCAGGAUGCCAGAUGAGCUGGGAACAGAAGGGUUGUUCAGGUUGAACUUGUGUGUGACAGCUGCAGUGAGGACUACAGGUGUUACACUCUUUUUGAUUCCUUAUUUCUCUCUUUCUCAGAACCUGUCCUGCAUCACUGGUAAACCUUGUCUACCUCUUAAUGCUUUCAAGUUCAUUUCUAUUCGUUCACUGAACCAACUUUGCCUGGAUCCAGUAUAACUUCAGAAGGAGGAGGAGCAACUAAUACAAUUCUAAGAAAUUGCUACUUUAAUUUUUGCUACUCUACAAUACUGUCUGAAAGUAUUGACUCUUGAUGAACCUCUGCUCACCUGGAUUUGGUUGAAAUUAAUCAGACUUUGUUGCCAAGGUUGCUGUUACUAGGUCACUCUAAGUAAAAACUUUACGGGACGGCCCAAAGUCUUCUUGGAAAACCGUCACAUUCUGGUCACCCUCUGUGAUUGCCUUGGAUAACUCAGGAGUGUGUAUAUGGAUUAAUGUGAAGACUGCUUAUGUUCAGGUGAUUGAGUGAAUCUGUGUGCAUCACUGAUAUAAAGAGUCAUGGGGAAUGCUGCAGGCGGGAUGGACGUGUCCCCUGGGCGAGAGUUAAAAGGGCCUCAAAGCUCUUUCAGCCCUGGGGGCCUUAAACAACCUCCUGGCCCCAAGCUGCCCUUGCCUCCAGAUGAGGAGCUAGAGGAGAGAUUCACCGUGGUUCUGAACUCUAUGAAUCUUCCCCCUGAUAAAGUCAAACUGCUCUGCCAGUAUGACAACGAGAAGAAGUGGGAAUUAGUCUGUGACCAGGAGCGUUUUCAGGUGAAAAAUCCUCCGUCAGCGUACCUGCAGAAACUUAAGAGCUUCAUUGAGCAGGGGGGCAGCAGGAAGUUCAAGCGACGUGUCCAAGAGGCCACACAAGUCUUGAGAGAGCUGGAGAUAUCCUUAAGAACCAAUCACAUUGGCUGGGCUCAAGAGUUUCUGAAUGAAGAGAAUAAGGGAUUGGACGUUCUUGUUGAUUACCUGUCUUUUGCCCAGCGCGCUGUCCCGUAUGAUCUGGACAGCACUGAUAAUAGCAGCUUUGAAGACAAAUCAGCGGAAGAUUUGACCUCCAGUGCCACAAACUCCCCUACCCACAAUUCUUCACGCUCUAACCGUUCCUUCACUUCACGGCUGAACUCUUUCCACUACAGGAAGGCUCAGAGGAACUCACGUCUGCUCAGCCAGAAGGAUCAUCUACAUCUCUGCAUCAUGUGUCUGAGGGCCAUCAUGAACUACCAGUCAGGGUUUAAUCAAGUGAUGAGCCAUCCACAGUGUGUGAAUGAGAUUACCCUAAGCCUGAACAACAACAGUGCCAGAACUAAAGCCUUGGUCCUGGAGCUGUUGGCUGCUGUGUGUUUAGUCCGAGGAGGUCACGAAAUAAUUAUCUCAGCUUUCAACAACUUCAAAGAGGUAUGUGGUGAAAAGUGCCGAUUUGACAAGUUGAUGGACUAUUUUCGUAAUGAAGACAGUAACAUCGACUUUAUGGUGGCAUGUAUGCAGUUCAUCAAUAUUGUGGUGCAUUCAGUAGAGAACAUGAACUUCAGGGUUCAUCUACAGUAUGAGUUCACACAGCUGGGGCUGGACGAUUACCUGGAGAGUUUAAAGCUGACUGAGAGUGAGAGAUUGCAGGUGCAGAUUCAGGCAUAUCUGGAUAAUGUCUUUGAUGUUGGUGCCUUGCUGGAGGAUGCAGAGACAAAAAAUGCCUUGCUGGAACAUCUAGAGGAAGUACAGCAGCACAACACACAGCUGAGCAGUAGGUUGGAGGAGUGUGAGAAUGAAGCAAUGGAGAAAGUGUCUGAACUGGAGAGACAGCUCAUACAGACCACUAAGGAAGUGGAGCUACUAAAGGAGAGUCUUCGUGAAUCAUGUGCGCAGGUCUCUAGCCUGCAGCAGAGGGAACGGGAGCGAGAGAUAGCACAAGAGAUAGAGAGAGAGAGGGAGAGGGAUAGGGAGCGGUCAGUGAGUGCUCUGACUGUGUUGGAGCAGAAGGUGCAGCAGCUGGUGGAUCAGGGACUCAUUCGAAUGGAGAGAUCAUCGUCUGGCUCACUAGACCUCGAUAUCAUACCUGCCGAUACAGCCAGCACAGAGAAUGCACAACUACCUCACACAGAUGCGAUCACAGAACCAGACGGUUCUACUACAACAUCCUUGGCACAAUCACAGCCACCACCCCCGGCCCCUCCUCCACUCCCAGUCCCUGCCCCUCCACCACCACCUCCUCCACCCCCUCCUGGCAAUGUACCACCUCCUCCUCCUCCUCCACCACUUGGCUCAGGUGCCUUUGCUACAGGUGUAAGAGGUAAGAAGUCAAUCCAGACGAAGUAUCGGAUGCCGCUGUUUAACUGGCAGGCUUUAAAAGCAGAGCAAGUUGCUGGAACCAUCUUUACUGAAUUAGAUGACAACAAUGUGUUAGGGGAGUUGGACAUGGAUGUGUUUGCAGAGCUGUUCAAGACCAAAGCUCAGUCCCCUCCCACUGAUAUUGGAACUCUGAAGAUGAAAGUGGCUCACAAAGCUUCUAGCAAAGUCUCACUACUGGAGCCCAACCGGGCCAAAAAUCUUGCCAUCACUCUGCGCAAAGGAGGCUUGGACGCCAACCAAAUCUGCACUGCCAUCGAGACGUAUAACCUAGAUGCAUUAAAUCUCGAUUUCCUGGAGCUGCUGGAACGCUUCAUCCCGUCAGAUUAUGAGCUGAAGUUAAUCCAUAAUUACGAACGCGAGGGCCGGUCCUUGAUGGAGCUGUCGGAGGAGGACAGGUUCAUGGUGCGCUUUGGCAAAAUCCCACGCCUCACUCAGCGAAUCAGCACGCUCACGUUCAUGGGCAACUUCAGCGAGAGUGUCAAACUGGUGCAGCCACAACUGAAUGCCAUCAUUGCUGCUUCCAUGUCCAUUAAAUCUUCCAGUAAACUGAAGAAGAUUCUGGAGAUUGUUUUAGCAUUUGGGAACUACAUGAACAGUGGGAAAAGAGGAGCAGCUUAUGGCUUUCGUCUUCAGAGUCUUGAUCUACUGCUGGACACAAAGUCUACUGAUCGUAAACAGACCCUUCUGCACUUCCUUGUGAACAUUAUACAAGAGAAAUACCCACAGCUACAUAUGUUCAAUACAGAACUCCACUUCCUUGACAAGGCAGGAAUGGUGUCUCUGGACAGCAUUCUAAUAGAUGUGCAUGCACUGGAGAAAGGAAUGGGAGUGACCCAGAAGGAGUAUGACAAGCAAAAGGACAGCCCCGUCCUCAGAGACUUCUUACGUAGCAGCAGCAGUCUUAUGGAAUCUGUGGUUAAAGAUGCAAAGACUGCCCAGGAAGCUUAUGAAUCAGUAGUGACAUAUUUUGGGGAGAAUCCCAAAACCACUCCCCCCUCUGUGUUCUUCCCCAUAUUCAUUAGGUUCAUCAAAGCUUAUAAGGUGGCUGAACAAGAGAACAAGCAGAGGACAAGGAAUAGUAUCAUUGGUGGUGACACUGCCAAAUGUGACCCAGCCAAAAAUGAGCAAAAUGGAAACAAGGUGCCCGUGUUGCUGCGGCUUCCACAGGUUGAUUUGAUUGCAGAACUGAAGCGCAGGCAGGUGUCUCCGCUGGUGCGUGAGGGCAAAGAUGGAGCCAUUGAGGACAUCAUCACAGGUCUGAGGAAUCAACCCUACAUAAGAGCAGACGGUGGCCGACGCAGCACCAAGUGGAAACCAACACAGCAGCUACAAGUGCCCUCAGACAUCUCUCUGUAACUCAUAUGCAUCCAGAUAUACACGGUAUUGCAAUGUUUUGUAUGUUAUGCAAACAAUAACACAGUUUGCACUAUUUAACUCUACAAGGAGCCAAAAAAACAACUGCAAAAUCUCAUGUCCGAGACGGAUGGACAAUAAUUUUCUUUGCUGCCUGAUUUUUAACUCAUACUGUAUACUCACUGUAAAGUGAUCCAAAUGCUUGCAAAAUUCUAUUGUACAAAGAAUGUCCUGAUGGUGUUUAUGUAAAUUAUUAUUUUUUUCAUAUGGGUAUAUGCCUACUACUCCUCUUUAAUUACUGACUUGAACUAAUGGUGAUUUUAUACCGCUUAGCAUGUACA